AACCUGUUCCUUCCGUCGGACGCUGUGUGGAGCUGCUUCGGCCCAACGUGCAGACAAAAGCAACAAAGUGAAGCCCCCCCUCCCCUGUCCGGUUCACUCCAAUGUGUCAAUGUUCGUGGGCCGAAACGGUGGGGCAGCACUUCACGGUUGUGUGCGGCAAGGUGGAACGAUUUGGGUCAUAAAUGGAGAGGGACAAGCUGGCACCCUGUGACCCGCACAGCCACGUCAAACUAACAACACCUCCCUGAGAACCGCCCGGCCAAUGACGAGAAGCGAUCCCAUCUGACGAGGCCGACCUGAUCGCAAGAGAGAAACCUUUGGGCUGCUGCCGCCAUGGACAGGGAGGACGACGCGUCCGGCGUGGGCGACGAUUCGCUCGACGGCUCCGUGGAAAAGAAACGAGAGGCGAAAGGGACCUGCCUGAAAAUCGAGGGUCAGGACGGAUACGUCUUUAAAUCCUACAGCAUGAAACCGCACCAGACCACGGAGGCAAAGUCGUCAUGUUCGUCCAAAACACCGGAGAAAGCCCUUUCCCAAUCAAGCCAUCUUUCUUCUCAGGGUGAUAAACAGUCGGAGUCCGACACGGAUCCGGCCUCGCCGUCUCUUUCGAGCAAAUGGCUCAGCGUGCACACGCGUGGAAAUCCAGAGAAUGAAAAAUACGAGCCCGGUCAGCCUAUCAAAGACGGAAGCCGGGACGCAAACGAUUUAGAAGACGAAACGCAAGAUUUUGAAAGACUGGCAUUCGGUAACUCAUUCGGCCCUUUUUUGAGUCGCGACGGCGACGACUAUAAUUUAUUAAGCGGCUAUACGAGCACCCUCUAUGACGUGGCCAUGGAUGCCGUCACCCAGAGCCUCCUGGCGUCCGUGAGGAAUCAAAGCAACCCGAGGAAAAAAUCUCCCGCCUGGAAUCAUUUCUGUAUCUCGCCCAGGGACAAUACCAAAGCAAUCUGUUUGUACUGCAUGAAAGAAUUUAGUCGGGGCAAGAACGAGAAAGACCUCAGCACCAGUUGUUUGAUGAGGCACGUCCGAAGGGCUCACCCGACCAUGCUUUACCAAGAGGGAGCAGACUCGGCCGCACCCAAUCUGAAUCCCCUCGCCUCCAUCCCCCCUUCCCCGAACUCGCCAAAAAACGGAGACUUGAACACAUAUCCCGGCUCGAAGAACACGUCGCCGUCCGCAUCGUCGCUUGACAACUCCGACCUGUCGUCCAAAGAAGUGCUGUCCAAAGCGGAAGUGAAACCCGAGCCGCUCGCCGACUCCGUCUUUAACGUGCUUGAAUCUUCACAUUCCAGUGAGAACAACCUCGAGGAGAUAUCGGACGGAGGGCUUCCGAGCAACCCCAAAAACUCCAGUUCCCGUCGGAGAUCGGCCGUGUGGAAACACUUCUACCUUUCGCCCGUGGACAGUUCCAAAGCCGUCUGCAUCCACUGCAUGAACGAAUUCAGCCGAGGCAAGAACGGGAAAGAUCUCGGGACGAGCUGUCUGAUUCGUCACAUGUGGAGGGCCCACAAAGAGGUGGUCAUUGAGGAGAACGGAUUGGGCAAUCACAUUCCUCCGCCCUACUCCAACCCGCCGCCACUCUUGUCCCGCGCGCUUUUACACGACCCGCUGGACAUCAAAAAGGAAUCGCCUCUUCUUCCGUCUUCGCCCGAAACCAUUUUAGACGAGUUGCCGCAGACGGCGGUGGAAAGCGGCGAAAUCAAAGACGAAUCCGACGAGGCCAUGCUCCUGAGCGAACGGGACCCCUCCCUCAAUCUACCCUUCGGCGCUCACGGGGACGACACGCCCUCGACCUCCUCGCCGUGCGAUCUCUCCGACGCUCCCGGCCAUAAUCAGAAUCACGCGGUGUUUGAGCAAAACAAGAAAAUCAUGAAACGGGUCAAGUCGGAGGUAUGGCAACAUUUUAUCGUGUCGCCGGUCGACCAGUUGAAGGCGCUGUGCCGCUACUGCCCGUGCGUCAUCAGUCGGGGUAAACGAGGGGACUUUGGUACGAGCUGUCUCAUGAGGCACCUCAUGAGGCGCCACCCGGACGUCCUCCAGAACCAAAAAGUGGCCGACGACAAGGAGCCCGCCUCGCAACCUUUCGACACGGCAGCCAAAGCGAGCGAAAACCCCGGCGUCAGGAAAAAGCCCCAAAGCGUUUUCAGUAAGAAGACGUCCAAACUGUGGAACCAUUUCUCCAUUUCCCCCGCCGACCCCACCAAGGUGGUCUGUUUGCACUGUAGCCGCACUAUUAGCAGAGGCAAAAAGACGACAAACCUCGGCACCAGCUGCCUCUUCAGGCACAUGCAGAGGUUUCAUGGACACUUUCUUGAAAGCAACAACGCUAUCUCAGGUGACGCGCCGCCGUCUGCUGGAAAACACGUCAAGCGAGAACCCGCCGCAAUGCCCGUUUACAAAAGGGAACAGAACCACGGGAGCUUUGAGCAACACCACCCGGUUGCCCAAAAAAUCACCAAACUUAUCGCUGAAAUGCUUGCACUGGAUCUUCAGCCGUCAGCCAUGGUGGAGAACGUCGGACUGGGCAGACUUCUCGAGUACUUCCAGCCUCAGUAUUGCCUACCGCCCUCUUCUUACUUCACCGGCACCGCCAUACCGGAGAUGUACGGAAAGGUUCGUGACGUCGUGCUGACGCAUCUGAAAGAGGCCGAAGGAGGGGUCGUCCACUUCACCACCAGUAUCUGGCUCAGUAGCCAAACAAAAGAAUAUUUGACCCUGACGGCCCACUGGGCCACGUACGAGUCCAGGGUCAGACCCCAGGGCCAGGACUUCCACUGUUCGGCUCUUCUCAGCGUCUCUCAGAUAGACUGCGACCAAGAUAUGCACGUCAUCCCCAAGCAGCUGGAGUAUCUGUGGGAUUCCUGGAUCACGUCGGCGGGUCUGAAGAGGGGCUUCACCGUCACCGACAACGCCAGCAUAAGGAACAAUCUGGAAGACCACGGCCACGUCACCGUCCAGUGCUUUGCCCACACCAUUGACCUCAUUGUCAGCGAAGCCAUAAAGAGUCAGAGGAUGGUCCAGAACCUUCUGAGUAUGGCUCGGAAGCUCUGCGAGCGCAUUCACCGCUCGGCCAAGGCGAAGGAGAAGCUGGCCGAGCUCCAGAAGGACCACCGCUUACCCGAGAACCAACUCAUUCAGGACAUUCCCUCCAAGUGGAGGACUUCCCUCCUCAUGCUGGAGCGGCUGGUGGAGCAACAGAAAGCCGUCGACGAGCUGUCGAUCGAGUGCAAUUUCAGGGAAAUCAUCAGCUGCGACCAGUGGGAGGUGAUGCAGUCCGUGUGCAACGCGCUGAAACCUUUCGAGGUGGCCUACGGGGAAAUCCGCAACCGCGCCGCCACUCUGGGACAAGUCAUACCGCUCAUUCACAUCCUGAACAGAAAGAUCGAGCUGCUCUUCGACGAGACGGUGGGCAUCGACAACAUGCUGAGAUCUCUCAAAGAGGCCACGGUGUGCAGGAUGUCGGCCACGCUCAACGACCCGCGCUUCACCUGGGCCACCAUGCUGGACCCUCGAUACAAGACGUCAUUAUUCACCGAAGAAGAGGCAGAGCAAUGUAAGCAAGACCUGAUCCAGGAGCUGGACCUGUUCUCUUCUACCUCGGCAGAAAACUCUCUGCUACUCAACGGGCGGGACGAGGCCCCGGCGUCGGACAAGGACAACAUCUGGUCCCUGAUGGCCGACUUGAGGCAAAAGGCCAAACACGAGGAAAAAGCAAAGUCCUCGGAGCUGGCCGUGCUGGAGUACCUCGAGGAGGACAUACUCGAUCAAAGCUGUGAUCCGCUCGACUACUGGAACCUGAAAAAGUUCCUGUGGCCCGAGCUCGCCAAAGUCGCCGCCCGUUACGUGGGCUGCCCUCCCAGCAUCGUGCCGGCCGAGGCGCUGUUCAGCACGGCCGGCGUCAAUUGCGCCCCCAACCAUCCGAGGCCCGUGCUGGAAAACAUGGAGGGUCUGCUCUUUCUCAAGGUUAACCUCCCGCUCAUUUUUUUCCAAUACUGAUGAAGCAUUCACUUGAAAAGAAAAGAAAAAAAAAUCUUAAGGACCAACAAACAUAGCUGUGAAUUGUGUGAUGUACAGUCUCAUGCAUACACUGAUUUUCUUUCAAUGCUGCAGCCAGGGGGGCGGGGUUAGUUCUAUUAUGUGUGUACUACUGUUUGAACACUGACGAAGUUUUCAAUGAAAAGUCUCAGCGAGAGUUGAAUCAGGGAGGGAGGGGUUUUUCUAGUUGUUAGGGGUUGAGUGUUUUGUGUUUUUUGUUUCCUCUGCUCUCUCCUUGUGCCUUAUCCAAAUCUACUUCAGGUCAAAAUGCUGUAAAUAUCACGUUUGCGCGAUCCACGUCAGGUUUGCUGUUAAAUAUUCUCGAUUUACCGAUGCGGAGUUUUCUCGAGGAAAACGCGGCCCAAAAAGCUGUGACUGAAAGAUGUUUUAAGUUAAUGUUAUUUAAUUUUCAUUGUGAAAUUGUGGCUCACGACACUGUCGUUUAGAGAUUGACUUUUUUUUUUUUUAAUGAGACUGUAAGAUAUUGCUGUUUUUACAGAAUUGAGAAGUUUGGAAUAUACAGUUUGUCUCGUAAAGCACAAUGUCGGUUUAUGUUCAGGGGAUUAAUUUAUGGGUUGGAGAAAAAUAAUGUUCUGUACAUUUUUAUAAGAAUUUAUUUACUUGAUUUGAUAAAUGUUGAGCAUUGAAACUGGAAACAUGCAAAUGUUGCAGCCAUUUGUAAAUAAAGGUUUUCCUUACGUCA